AUGUUGGGCAUCUUGAUCGCUUGCUGGAGGGAUACCUCUGUGUUAGUCGGGGUGUACGGACCCACAGAAGUGAAGGUCAGCAAGGAAAUCUACGAUAAAGCGACUCUGGAGGUGCUGCUAAGGCCGAAAGUGGGCCUGCCAGGUGUCUCUGAAAAAAGCAGAGAGCAGAUGAUCAAGAAGACCUGUGAGGCGGUAGUUUUGGGCAACCUGCAUCCCCGUUCUUCUGUUAUGGUGGUUCUUCAGGUGAUUGCAGAUGCUGGAUCUCUGCUCUCCAGCUGUUUGAACGCCGCCUGCGUGGGACUGGUGGAUGCCGGGCUGCCAAUGAGCUCCUUGUUCUGCGGAGUGACCUGCGCCUUGGACGCCAGUGGCAAUAUCCUCCUGGACCCCACGGCGAAGCAAGAAAAGGACGCCCCUGCGGUGUUGACCUUCGCCAUCGAUAGCGUUGAGAAAAAAGUCCUGCUCUCCACCAUGAAGGGGACGUGUUCCGAAGAACAGCUUCAGCAGUGCAUUGCCACCGCGCAGCGAGCGGCCGAGACCAUCUUCCGCUUCUACCGAGAUGCGGCUUGCAGGAAGUACUCAAAGUGGUGACUACUUCCCCCCACCACCA